GGAGGAGCUCCAAGUCAGUAAAGAUGUAACAGAGCAAACGCUACAAUAUACUCACGCGCAAGCAUGUGGCGGGAGUUCUUUCUCCUCCUCAAAAUGACCCUGAUGAUUCUUGUUGUCGGCUGCCUGAGCACUAGUUGUGCUCUCUACAUCGUCGUCUCCGGAAGCCUCAUCGUCAUCGUCAUGUCUCCGCGGACGGAACUGGGAAGCUGCGUCGUCCAUCUCCGGCAUAAUCCUGUCAUCCCCGAGUGCCGCCAUGAUGAUGUAGGAAAGUAAUAAGAUUCGAUGCUAAACCCCCAGUAAUCACUACCCAGGUCAAGGCAGAAAGAGCGAAAUCAGCGGAAGCGAAAGCGAAAGACGCCCAGGACACCGGAAAUUAUGCGGUCAUACACGAGUCUGAAAUGUCAC